AUGGCCUCCAAUCUCGAUCUUGUAAACGAUGCCGAUUCCUUUCCCUACCACAAUGAUGACAAAAAUGUGUACCGGUUCACUGUGGCUGGAGUGCCUGCUAUCCUUGGCUACAUUACACACCCAGUUCGGGAUGCAUUACAAGGCCUUCAACACUGGCAAGUGAAUGACUCAACACAGACCGUGAUCCUCACUAGCGGCAGCAAUAGAGAGGAGCGGAGUGCAGUUAUGAAACAGACUUUGCUGGCCAUGCGUGAUAAAGGGCAAUUCCAGCUCCUCAAGAAAUGGCGGGAUGAAGACUUUCCAGUUUAUGGCGAGAGAAAGGAAGUUCUUCUUACCUUUGAGCGCUGCGCCAGUCCGCUCUUCGGGAUCGUUACUUAUGGAGUACAUGCUAUAGCCUACAGGCCUCCCUCUGUGGACGGAGAGCAGCUCAAGAUAUGGGUUCCGCGUCGAGCCCGGAACAAGCAAUCGUACGGAGGAAUGCUGGAUAGCACGGUCGCAGGGGGCGUUGCCUCAGACGAGACGCCCUUUGAGGCGCUGGUCCGCGAGUGUGAAGAAGAGGCUGCACUACCGCGGGAAUUUGUUCACAAACACGCCAUCGCGACUGGCAUGGUAUCCGAUUUCUACAUACGCGGCAAGCAAGCAGGGGGCGAGACCGGACUCCUACAACCCGAGUGCCAUUACGUCUACGACCUGCCACUGCCGUCGGAUAUCGUAUGCAAGAAGAACGACGAUGAGGUGGAAGAGUUUAACCUGUGGACUGUGGAUGAGAUCAAACGAGCAUUGGCCAACAGGGAGUUCAAACCGAAUUGCGCACUCGUUAUGCUUUACUUCUUCAUCCGGCAUGGAAUCUUAACAGCCGAGAAUGAGAAGGAUUAUAUCCAAAUCGUGGCACGAUUGCACCGACGAUUCGAAUUCCCUACCAGAUAG